AUGGGUUUCUCGAGUGCGAGUAACGACUCGCCGCGAUCCUCAAUGUCGCGCCUCUCGGAUGAGUCGCCUUUGUCGCCAGAUAGUUUCUUGGGUCAUUAUCCUUGGCCAAGUACCAGCACUGUCGCUCACAAGCACUAUGAAUCGCGUCACAUUUUGAGCGAUGCGGAUAAGAAGAAGCAAAUUGAAGCUUUCUAUCGGGAUCUCAUCUGGUCAGAUCCUUCAAUAGCAAAGGAUGCUCUCAGAACGCAGCAGGGACCUCGAGCCCCUAAGACCUGUGAAUGGAUCAUGGGGGUGCAGGAAGUCAAGAACUGGCUGAAACCAGAGACGGAGAACCAGCAUGUCUUGUGGCUUUCCGGCAACCACGGAAGAGGAAAAUCGACCAUGGCUGUCUAUCUCGCUGAGAAGCUCACCAACGACUUCGCCACUGAUCCCGCCAACACAUGCGCCUACUUCUUCUGUGGCUCCAAAGAUGUACUAAGGAACAGCGCCCAGGGAGUUCUUCGAGGACUACUCUCACAGAUCUUUCAAAACCACCCACAUCUUCUCAGCGACAGGAUCCGCAGAAGACACGCUUACCGCGGUGCUCGUGUUUUUGAAAAGGCUCAAGCGCUCUGGAACCUGCUGGUAGAAGUCGCUUUCAGAUCUGACCGUCAUAUCUUUUGCGUAAUUGAUGGACUGGACGAGUGCGACGCUGACUCCCGGACUAUUCUUUUGGAGCUCAUUGAGGAGACUUUCCAUGGAGAAAAGCCAGUAAAGAACCUCAGUCUCGUCAUUACGAGUAGACCAAGUUCAAAGAUCUACGAGUAUUUGGGCGAGUUUACCCACAGAGACCUCGAUUCAUUUUCACAGUCAAAAAACGACGUUGAGGUCUUCAUUAACCAGCGUGUUCGACAUAUUGCAAGCAAGCGGGGUUGGUCAGGCACAAGCACUACUCAAGUGAAGCGUGUCUUCCAAGCGAAAUCCGAGUACAACUACCACUGGGUUCGUUAUGCCAGCGAAAGCAUCUGCAAGCUUCGUUCCGCAGAGGAUGCCAUCAAGUUUCUCAAAGGGCUGCCCAACGGCUCUGAAUAUCCCACCAACAGCAUAUCACUGAACCAGAAACGAGAAAACGUCGAGCAUCUGGGGUUUGGCAACACCGACGAGGAUCGAGAAAAGCACCAUGCCCGCCUCAAGUCGCCACUCGUCAGUGCGAUACUAACCGGGAGAGUCGAGAUGCUGGCAUUUCUUCUCAAGAAGGGCGAGUCGAUAACACCAUACACGAUCCGCGCUGCAGCGAAAUGGGGAUGCGUCGGAAUGCUCGAGACAAUCAUGACGUUGCGACAGGAUGAGAUCUCGCGUGAUCAAGACCUUUCUUGCGCCGCGGCUGAGUGUGCGACCGUUGAGAUGAUGAAUCUCAUUUUCAGACACCGAGAGUUCCGAUGGAGUGACGCUGCCAUGACCGGAGCCACAAGAAAUGAGAGGUACGGACUGGACAUACUCAGGCUGUUGCUCAAGCUGCACGGCAAUGACAUUGAACUCGAUGAAUGGAUGAUGGGCAACAUUGCCAGCGCCUGUCACCCAAAGACCAUGGACUACCUCCUCACCGAGCACGGACGUCGCAUUCAAAUCACCACAGCCGUAGCUGAGCGAGCUAUCGAGAACCGCCAUGGACCAGCUAUGCUUAGAGUCCUUCUCAAGCACCGGGCACAUGAGGGUUUCGUCGACGAAGAACUCAUGAUCCUUGCAUUGGCCAAUACCCGCAGCCGACCAGACUUCAUGGCCAUAUUCCUCGAAAUGCCACGAUCUCAGGUUCUGUUUACGAAAGAAGUCGUGCUAGCAGCGAUCGCGUCGCCAGAGAAAGACUCAGAUGACUGGGCUCCCGAAGUUCUCGAAAUGCUUCUCAAGAACCGUGCUGACGACGUCGAUAUUGAUGAAGAGAUCGCUAUCGAGGUGCUGUGGGAGCUUGGAUAUCCUGGUCUACAGGUCAUCUUUGAACACAAAAGUGAUAGCGUUCGAGUGACACAAAGCCUUCUCGAUGCUGCAGCAGGCGUGUGUUCAGCUAAGGAAUUUCCUCGCCUGGUGGAGAGAGCCGAGGACGACUUUAAGAUUACCCAAGAUAUGCUCAUCAACACGACUCUGAACGUGCGACACGGCGAUAGACUGUUGCCCGUGAUGCAGAGAUAUCUAAAGGGGACCCUGAGCAUCGGCCAAGACGCUGUCGAAGCGUUUCUCAAGGCUGGACAAAAUGGGUUCAAGAGCUUGCUCGUUCUUUUACUCAGAGACCGUGGCUGCAGAGCCAACCUUACCAGAGGUGCUCUGCGCUCAUGGAUCCGCGACGAACAAGUUUACCGUGGUAGUCUAGCAUUUCUCUUCGUUGCACUUCAUUCCGGAUGGUGCAAGCUGUCCGAUGAAGUGACUGGCUCCAGAUGUGAGAGACUGGAAACUCUUAUCAAGCAUUAUGCCGAAUUAGAUGAUGUGAGGCAGACUUUUGCCGAGGCGAUGGAGCGUUCCAAGAAGGAGAUGCGCGGGCGUUGA